AUGAUCGCAAUGCCUGAGUUCAGCAUGGUUUACGACUGCAUGUCUGGCGUGCAGGGCCCGUACGCCAAGAAGAUCGUGGAGGGAGAGCUCGGUGCCAAGCCCGGUUCGGCCACCAACGCGGAGCCGAAGGAGGACUUCGGCGGCCCGGAGUCGGCGUGGCACGGCCACGCGGACCCGAACCUGACGUACGCAGUGGAGCUGGUGGCCACCAUGGGGCUCGACAAGGGUGGCAACAAGAUCAGCACGCCCUCCCCACCCCCGACAUUUGGCUGCGCGGCGGACGGCGACGCCGACCGCAACAUGAUCUUGGGCUCCCAGUUCUUCGUCUCGCCCUCGGACUCGCUGGCGAUGAUCGUGGCCAACUCUGACCUCAUCCCCCAGUUCAAGGCUGGCCUGAAGGGGUGCGCCCGAUCUAUGCCGACCUCCGGGGCCGUCGACCUCGUGGCGAAGAAGAAGGGCAUCGAUUGCUUCGAGGUGCCUACAGGCUGGAAGUUCUUCGGCAACCUCAUGGACAGCGGGACGCACUACUUCCCCGAUAAGAAGACCUACACCCCCUUCAUCUGCGGAGAGGAAUCCUUCGGCACGGGCGCUGACCACGUCCGGGAGAAGGACGGCAUGUGGGCCGUGCUGGCGUGGCUGCAGAUCCUUGCCGCCAAGACUCAGAAGGAGGGCAAGCUCGUCACCGUCCAGGACGUGGCCGAGGCACACUGGAAGGAGUUCGGGCGGAACUAUCCAGCACUUCAGACGCCACACUGUGCUGGUGGUGCGGUGGCGGACUACGCCCGUUAUGACUACGAGGGCGUGGACAAGGCCAAGGCCGAAGAGAUGAUGAAGAUCAUGGGCGACAAGGCUGGCACUCUGGUCGGCACGGAGAUCGGUGCCACCGUGCGCCUCUACCUGGAGAAGUACGAGGGUCCAGCUGGCGACCUUGGCAAGCACCAGUUCGACGUCGUGAAGCCGCUGGCCGAUAUCGCGCUGGAGCUCUCCAAGCUGCAGGAGUUCACGGGAUGCAACCAGCUGGAUUUCGGACUCCCGUGCCCACUGCAGUUUUCUGCGAGCCAGAGCAGCUCCCAGCAUCCAGCAGCUCCCGAGACCCCGGAGCUGCGGUGUGCCCUGCCGCACGGCCUGAGCAAUGCUGUCGCGCAAGGGGCCCCACGGCCCGGACCGAUGGAGGCGCUGGGCGAGCAGCUCUACGGCAUCGUCGUGCAGAUCUACCCGGAGCUGGCGCCCAAGCUCACGGGCAUGCUGCUGCAGCUGGGGCAGGCGGAGUGCGAGGCCUGCCUGGCGUGCCAGGAGAAGCUGGCGGAGCGCCUGGACGAGGCCUUCAGGAUACUCGACGAGGCGGGCGGCGGCGCCCCGCGGCCCGCGGAGGCCGCCGCGCCGCAGGCGGCGGAGAGGCGGGUGGACCCGGAGGACGGCGAGGCGAGGACCUACCAGGAGCUCAAGAAGCUCUGCGCAGGGCAGUACUCGGCGCAGGAGGUCGACGACUACUGGAGACGCCAUGAGGCCCGCCAGCGCCCCCUCCGCGCCCGAGACGGCUGCUGGGGCGGCCGUGCCGGCGGCGCCCGGCCCGGCAGCGGCGGCGAGGCAGCCGCCGGCGUCGUGCGCGACGGACGGGGGCGUGCGGGGCCUGACGGCGUUCAUGCCCAGCUGAAGCUGACCGGGUACACGUCCCAGGCGGCGGCCUGGGCGGAGGAGCAGGGCGCAUGCAGCCUCGAGGAGCUCGUGGAGAACAUGGACGACCUCGCGGACGAGCUCGGCAUGAAGCCGCUUGAGCGGAAGCGGCUCGCCAGCGGCGCCGCCGAGGCGGCGGAGGCUGUCAGGCGCGAGUUGCAGGAGGAGAAGGCCGCCGCGGCGGCCGCGCCACCUCUGGGGUCGGCGGCCGCGGGCCGCGGCGCGGCACCGGCGCGGGCCGCGCCGCCAACCGCUGCGGCGGAGCCUGUGGAGGAGUUCCCCGCGCUCGGUGCUGCCGCUGGGGCCCGGAGGAAGCGGUAG